AUUUUCUGCAAGACUAACUUGUAUGCUCAGAUGGCCGAGUUAAAAGCCAUCAAACUAAAAUACGGGACUGCACAAGAUGUUAUAGCUGGAAAGAAUCUCGUGGUGCUACCAGAUGCACUUUCAAACCCUAGACUUGAUGCGUUGUCAGACGCGGCGCUCACAGAUGCAACGAGCAACCCCUCUAGUUUUGUGUUGUCUGAAAAUCCAACCUCACAUCAGGUCAAGAGUUUUUUCGCGAUGGAUGCCGCCGCUCAGAGUGCGACGGACCCCCUGACGGACGAGAUAGUUGGGAACAUUGACCUCCAGUACUACGGCCCAGUUAGCUUUGGGAACGAGACACAUCCACAGAAACUCUCAGUGAUCAUAGACACGGGCUCUGCAGACCUCUGGAUCCCUGUGGGCUGUGGCAAUUGCAUGAACCGGCAAUAUGAAGCUAAUGCAAGUUCAACGUACAUAGACACUGGGAACCCAUUCAAUGUGACUUAUGGAUCUGGCAACGUAGGAGGCACCCUUGCGCAUGAUACGAUCAGUAUUGGUAGUCUAAAUAUCGACAAGCAAUACUUCGGUGCUGUGACUCACGUAUCAAAUGACUUCAAUAACGAUCCGAUCUCCGGCCUCAUUGGGCUUGGUUUCAGUUCUAUCGCGACAUCAGGGGAGCCAACGUUCUUCGAAAACCUGAUCAUGCAGGACAAGGUCUCGGCACCAUUCUUCUCUGUCUAUUUAACAAGAGGAAAGGCGAGCGGGUCGACAAUAACUCUUGGAGGUUUCGAUAUGUCGAAGGCAGUGGGACCUUUGACAUGGGUCCCAGUUAUUUCCAAGACCUACUGGACAGUGCAAUUCGACGGAGCUGUUGUUGAAGGGAAAAAUGUAACUGGUGACCUCCAUGCGGCAAUUGACACAGGUACGACUUUGAUAUACCUCUCGCAGGCGAUAGCAUCCUCGAUCUACGCCAAUAUACCCGGGGCUGGCCCUGCAGUAAACUACGGUUCCAAUUUCUUCUCCUUUCCAUGCGACUCGAACCCCACGAUCUCAUUCUUACUUGGUGGGCACAACUUCGACCUCAACAUCCAGGACUUCAAUCUCGGACAAGAGGCUGACGGGUCAAAAAAUUGCAUUGGUGGAAUCGUCGGAAUAGACGACGCAUUCAUUGAAGGAUUUGCUAUCAUCGGAGAUGAGUUUCUGAAAUCAUGGUACUCGGUGUAUGACUACUCCCAUGGGGCACGGGUGGGUUUCGCCCCAAAUGUUAAUAAUAUGCAGUAGGAUAUUUGGAAUUCUUGAUACCCCGACGGACAUCAGCGUGUCUAAGUUUGGGAGAGAUAGCGGACUAGGUCUGCCUAAGUAGACAGUAUCGUUGCUAUCGUUAUCAUUAUCACUUCAACG